GACUGCAGGCCCGUUGGAUGAACAAAAUGGCUCAUCUGUAGUAGAUAGUGAACCCAAGGAGAAACUUGCACUUCUCUUAACUGAGUGGAUUGUGAAUAGCUGUCGUCCAUUGGAUAUUCUGGAGGAUUCCGGCUUUAAAAAAGUGGCAGAAUAUUUGAUCAAAACCGGUGCUAACUUUGGUAAUCAACUCCACGCGGAAGAACUUUUACCACACACCGACAUCUUAUCUAAGAGCAUUAAUACACAUUAUGAUAACUUAAUGAAGAAAUUGGACUUCGAAAUGAGUAAAGCUAUGGGCAAUGGAUACAGCCUAACCUGUAGCACCAUGCCAGACAGAUAUAUGAAGAAAACAUACCUGUGCAUGACCAUGCAUUACAUCAAAGAUAGCAUACUAGUCAAUCGCCUGCUUUCAUUUAGCUGCCUCGAAGAGCUGGACUGCACAGGUUCUUUUCUGGAGGAUAAAAUUGAACAAAUCUUGAGGAGGGACUUGAGGGACGAUAAACCCAUAUUUGUAACUGUUGCCGAUUCAAAGCUUAAUGAAUCAUCCUUAGGACUUGAAGUCGUAAGCUGUAUUAGUGAUUUGCUCAAUAAAACCAUAGAACAAGCGUUCAGUGAAAUGGAACAGUAUUUACCAUAUGCUCAACUCGAUAAAAACCUUUUGGGUGGAUUCGUGUAG